GCUAGCGGCUUCGUCUCAGUGGCUCGUUCCGUGGGUAGCAUCACAUAUGCCGCAGCACACGCAGUGAUUCCGGCAGCAAUGAGCCACCGGUUUAACGACGCCAGUCCUUUGGCGCGCAGCAGUAUUGGCGGCGCGCCGCCAUCGCCAGCGAGCGGAACCGGCGCCGGUGCCAGCAUCUUUGCCGCCGGCACCAGCGGGCGAGGUCCGAGCAGCAGCGGAGGAGCUGCCCCCGUUGCGAGUCCGGAUGGGGGUCCCGCUGCAGGAGGCUCGCCGAGUGUGCACGGCGUCAGCGCUGCGGUCCAGUCGGAGGAGGCCGCAGCGGCGCUGCGGCGGGCCGUGGGGGGCGCUAACCACGCCCUUUUCCGCUUAGCCAAGUGCGCCGCAGUCGGCGGUGGCGGCACCGGCGGCGUCAGUUGCGUUGGCAGUGGCGGUGUGGAGUCCACCGCCGCCGCCGCUACGGCGGCCACGGCGCCCAGACGCGUCGAGCCGCUCACCGCCGCUGCCGUGCGGGGAGUCAAGCUGGUGCUGGAGGCGACGGUCCGUACUUCCAGGCAGGCUGCCAGUGACGCCACGGGUGGCAGCGAAGCCGCCGCCGUCGCAGCCGCGGCCGCAGCCGCGGCGAAGGCGCCGCCAAGCCGUGCCUCGUCCAGUCGCAGCUUCAGCUCAGCCUUCGGCAGCAAGAAGGUCAGGGACGCGCCGCCGGCGACGACGCUGCGGCCGGCGCCGCUGCUGCUGUCGCCGGCCGCGGCGGCCAUGCCGGUGUGUGAGCUGGUUGACGUGGAUGCGCGCGUUGUGGUGAAGUCGGAAUCGGGCAGCGCAGCAGGGUGGCCGGGGGCGAUUGGCGGCGGCGGCGGCGGUUUCGGGAGGACGUGGAAUGGCAUGGGCGGCAGCCUCAGCGGAGUGCCCGGGAGCGUCGUCGGUUGCGGCACUGGAGCAGGAGGCGGAGUGGAGGCUCUGGGGUCGGGUCGCGAUUGGAGCUGGGACUGGGGCAUUACGCCGCGAGUGGAGGGCGUGGCCUUCCCGGACUUGCCACCUCACCAUCGAGCGGUACAUGACGCGCUGGAGGUGGCGGUGGCGGCCGGCCGGGCGGCGUGGUCUGGUCUGCCGGCGCUGUCGUCCGAUGUGUCUGGUCUGAUCUCUGAGGCGGAGAUGCUCUUCUCCGAGAACGAUCACCUGGUCAAGAAGGCGGCUGGCGACAUGAUGGCAGCGGGCAGGGUGCGCGCGGCGCUGGACCGCAACGCGAACACUAUCAUCGCCUGCCCCGCCCUGCUGGGCCAGCUGCAGGCGGCGGUGAUACGACUGGUGGCGGCUCUGCAUCGCGGCAGCCACAGCAUGCGUCUCAUGGCUGAUGGCCUGGAGCCUCUGGAUCCAGACGCGGCGGCAACGUCGGCGUCGGGUGUGGAUGUGGCGCCGCUGACGCCGCUGGAGCGCGGCUCUGCGUUCACGGGGCCGGGAUCGCCAUUGGUGGGCGCGGCAAGGAACGGGGCGGGCUCGCCGCUAGGAAUGGGAGGAGCAGGGGGGCUGAAGAAGUCGAUGGGUGGAGGCAAGGGCAGCGGUGCCGCGGCGGCGGCGGCGGUGGUUGGGAAGGGCCGCUUCGCGGCCGCGGGGAUCGGGAGCACGGCCUCUGGGAGCCCCAGGAGUAGUGAAGCGCGGAGCGCGGUGGGAGAGGAGCUGCAGAUCAGCGGCUGUACGUGUACUCACGGCUCUCGUGCUCAGUGUAUUACUAGCUGGAGCAACUGAAGGAGAGCUUCAAGAGACCCAGACGGUUACCUCUAGUCUUCCUGUUUGUAUUUGUGUCGUGGGGCAUGCCAUUAAGCAUCCCAUCAGAUGCGGUAUGCGACUAAUGCGAGGCCGGCUUUGUCGGGUCACCUGCCUAGCCAAGGGGCAGGAGCACGGACACGCGGCUUUGUGAGUGUGAUGAGUUCAGCUUGUGAGGGCCGUGUUGACUGAGCUUCGGCCUACCACCGGAACUGCCAAGCGAAAAAAGAGGGCGAUACUAUGCUAAGCGGUGGUAAGCAGGGUAGGUGGCUUGGCCGGGCUUCUCACGGCGUCAGUUCUCUUUGUCCUGCGCAGCCAGGCGCACACACACACAUGACUGCAGGUCUGCAGCGUCGUUGUAACGUUUCAGUGUG